ACCAUGAUGUUGAUAAUAUUGGCUCAAACUUGAUGAUCGUUUCUUCUGAUGUUUAAGCAAUUUCUGCAAGCACAGCCAUGUUCUGGCCACGCUUUCAGAGAAUACGUCCAGGUUGAAAACGAUCAAGUUGGUCUUGAAAUUAAUUUAGUCGCAAUUAGCCCUUCGGAGGACGUCGGCGUGUCACCAAAGAUCAAAACGUCAAGCUCUGGCUUAGAAAGACACGGAAAGUGCAACACCAGUCAUGACCCGUUGCUAAAAACGAAUUACAUGGAAGACUUCGUCAAGAUAAAAGGAAAGAUGAGUGAAAUUGAAGUGGCUUAGGCAUCCAGUGGUGUGUGUGAUAAUCUACGCAAGGACAGGAUCUGUUCUUUUCGGGAACAAGUAUAAGACAGAGUGCUCAUGUGACGAUACCUUCCUAAUCAGAAAAUAAAGACUUCCACUUUUAAUUAUGUAGUGACAUUAAGAUUCAACAUGGCGCAAUCGGCAGGAUCCGCAUGCUAUUUGUGGUCAAGAACUGCGAGAACUGCGAUCAAGUUACUCCCAUAGUGCUGCACUGAACUUAUUUACGGACAAGUGCCAUGGCUGAGCCAAGUAAAGCCGAUAUUGCAAUGACGGCCUCUAACCCAAUCAGUGCGGCUAAUGGUACCAUUCGGGCCAUGGUUGGUCACUUCACCCGCGUCGAGAACCAGAUCAAGGACAUCGCAGCUAUGGCCGCUUCAUCAAGCGUUCCGUCGACAACUUCUUAUGAUGAACUGUCAUCGCUCCUAUCAGAACUCAAGUUGAGGCAAAGCAACGUAUCAACGGCCUAUGAUACAUUGAUGACAAUUGAUCCGAACGCCAUUGAAAAAUCGAAUAACAGGUUAGACGAAAUAGCUAAAAAGUACUCUUCAUCAGUUCGUUUGGUUAACGACGCAUUAGCCCAUUUGGAUGGUCUUAUACCAGUCUCGGUGGGACGAGUUUCGUUCAAGGCCAAUAUCGGUCUACAACCGUUUAAGCUAUCUCGAGAUGCUAACCCAGAGGAGGUCCGGACAUGGAUACGUGCGUUUCGAGCAUUCUACUCCACGUCGAAUAUGCAAGUCCUGGCCGUGGUCGAUCAGCAGGCAUAUUUUCUUGCGUCCCUGGAACCAAGCUUGGCCAUAAUUCUUCGUGAUUCAAUUGAGGAUGCCACACCUGUCUUAUCGGACGGAGGCUGCGUGGAACUACUCGAGCAAAGGUUCCGUGAGGCUCAUCCAGUCUUUGCUAGGCGUUGUGCAUUAUUUUCAUUUCGCAAGAUUAAAUCGACCCGAUUCGCUGACGCAUAUCAUCAAUUACGCAAACAGAGUGAUGAGUGCGAACUCUCCUCUUUCAAUAUUCAACGCAAUCUUCUGGCAUUUAUUAUGAUACGAUCCUGUGACGAUGAUCCUGGGCUAUAUACCAGACUACUCGAGUUGGAUAACCCUGACAUGACAGAAUUGAUGAAACAAGCUAAGCUAUAUGAAAAUGCCAGCCACCCAGUCCCAUCUGAACACGUCGCCGCUUUGCGGGAAACAACUUCGCCACAAGAAGCUCAGAGACCGAAGUCGUGGAUAUAUGUUUGCCAUGGUUGUGGUAGCGAACAACAUAAAAAGGAACAAUGCCCUUUUAAAUUCACAACAUGCUAUGACUGUAAUAGGACAGGCCACAUUGCUAAUGUGUGUGGUGAGUACAGUCGUGGACGUAAGCCAUACAGAAACAAUCCAACAUCGUCGGGGAGAAGUCCCUACAAGAAUCCUAAAAGAAAUCGAGAACGUCGGACUGGAACACCUGUUGAGCGCAAUCGGUCAACGUCAUCGGCGCGAAUAUCGGCCAUAAACGAGUUCACUACCAAACACGAUACGCCACGAAUUCUUAUCACUUGCUCCUUCCGGAGCAAGAAGUUACUUGCAAUUCCAGAUACCGGAGCAACCAGGACUGUUCUUCCCUUGACGGCUAUCCCCGAUAAAGCGCUCAUUAGGCCAUCCCGUACUCGCCUGUCUGCUGCCAAUGGAACGCAAAUGGCGUCCGCUGGAGCAAUAACAUUCACUGCAACGGUAAAUUCAGGACCAGAAGCAAUAAUAGACGCCUUGGUCUCAAAAGAUUUGACGGGUCCUGUUUUAAUAUCUUGGCACGAUCUCAUGGCACUUGGGAUCUUGUCGUCAGACUUUCCCACUCCUGCACGACAAGAUACAACCGUCGCUUCUGUUCUAACCAUGGAGAUUGACAACUUGGAUGCGAUAAAAUCCGACUUCUCCGAUGUCCUGUGUGAUUCGUUGGGUGCUGCAUCUGGAUGUAUUAAAGGAGAGCCAAUGAAAAUAGUGUUGGAUCCAACGGCAGAAGUUAAACCAAUCCAGGUGCCAUUCAACCAGUAACAACCCCCACUAUCUGGUGCUCUCCAGCACAUUUCGUGAUUGAACCAGAGGGGUAAAAAGGUCCGCCUUGUAACAGACUAUCGUCAAUUAAACAAGGCAGUCCUGCGUCCCGUCCACCCGUUUCCCUCAGCCCCCGACCUAAUGAGACGGAUACGUCCCAAGAGCAAAUGGUUUGCCAAGCUGGACGCAAUACACGGAUAUUUCCAGGUUCCCCUUGACAAGGAAUCAAUGCCCAUAACCUGUUUCCUACUCCAUAACGGCCGGUGGAUGUAUACCGUGGCACCCAUGGGCUUGAACUCGUCCUCGGAUAAUUUCAACUAUAGAACUGAUGCGGCUGUGGCUGAUUUAGUGUGGCUAUUAAAAAUUGUCGACGACAUGCUCGUCCAAGCUCCUACUGAGCAAAUUUUAUAUAAGCGUCUGCGAAUUGUUUUGGCAAGGUGCCGCGAGGCUGGAAUCAAAUUGUCCAUAGACAAGCUUGUAGUGGGGCAGUGUAUUAAAUUCGCUGGUUUCGUUGUUUCCUCUGAAGGUGUGAAACCAGACCCGGACAAGGCUUCUAUAAGAGAAUUCCCAGUGCCGCAAUCAGUGAGUGAUGUUCGCUCAUUUUUGGGACUCUCAAAUCAGUUGGGAUCGUUCCUCCCAGAUCUUGCCCAUGCCACUACGCAUAUCAGGGAACUGUUGAAGAAAUGCAAUGCAUUUGUGUGGCUUGAUUGCCACACUAAAGAAUUUGAAGUAGUCAAGAAGCUCUUAUGCUCUGCCGUCAUCGUUAAGCCAUUCGAUCCCGCGCUACAAACAGAGUUAUUGACCGAUGCGUCACGCCUACAAGGUUUAGGAUACGCCCUAAUUCAAAAGGACACACAAAACAAACCUCGCCUCAUACAAUGCGGUUCAAUUUCACUAUCUCCAGCUCAACAGAACUACUCUACUAUAGAGUUAGAAUGCUCAGCAAUCGUUUGGGCAAUUCAAAAGUGCAACUACUAUCUCAGGGGUUUGGCUCAAUUUCACCUAAUUACGGAUCAUAAACCACUAUUGGGCAUCUUCUCCAAGCCGCUAGCAUCCCUAACCAAUGAACGGCUACAACGAAUGAGAGAACGCCUUAUACCAUACUCAUUCUCAAUCAUAUGGACUGCAGGAAAGCAGCACUUCAUUGCUGACGCCCUAAGUCGUGCGCCAUACUUCACUUCGGAUUCUUCUCUUGACAUUGUCCGCUCCAUUGAUAUUGAAGAUCCAGCUUGGAAAAUUGUCCUUCAAGCUAUCGACGGUGAAUAUACCACGCUUUCCAGAUGUGUUCAAGAUGGAAAAUUGGACCACGAACUAGCUGCAUAUAAAAGCGUAUUUCCGAUGAUCACCAUUGAUAACGACGUAUUGUUAUUGGGAGAUCGCAUCAUUAUACCUCAUGGUGCUCGACCUCGUAUCUUAGAUCUACUUCAUCUUUCUCAUUCGGCCAUAGUUAAAACAAACCAAAUGGCUAAACAAAUAAAUUAUUGGCCAACAAUGUCAAAUGACAUCAAACAACGGA